AUUAAAAUUGAUCUUGCAACCUAUUGUGAUUAAACAAUCGAUCGCGUGGGGCAAUUAUUUUCUUAAAAAAACAAAAGCUAUCGCAAUGUUAAUGUUCUGUGUAACUAUUCAUGCGAGUUUCGCGUCCGCGGUAGAUUACAUUCAGACUGUACUGUAUUUUAGACAAAAUUUCAUGUUCACUUCUUAAAAUUGCACUAGCACUAUCUCUAACUGGAUCAUAUUCAAAAGAUUACCAAAUUGGACAACCAUUUGUUUCCAAUGGUGACUCUCCUGUGAAAGUAACAAUAGCACCAGCAAUAUCAAGUGAUGGCAUUAAAUACACUGCAUUUCAGUACCCAAAAGAACAUGGCAAGAUAGAUGAAGCAGCUGAAAAACAUAUUGAGGCUUAUCAACUAGUUGUAGAUUAUUUGCAUCAGUCAUACGAACUACACGACAUCCUUACAUCUUAAAAUAUUGCACAACUGUUAACGAAAGAAACCAGAUUACUUUAGUCACUGAACAUGUAACACCACUAGAUGUAGCUGUAGAAAAGCAAGAGAAAGAAGAGGUGUUUGCAGGCAUCAGCAAUAUACUAGAGGCUGUCUUGUUCCUACAUGACAGGAGUUUUGUAUGCCACAAUGGUAUCAGUGUAUCAUCUAUAUUUGUUACUGAAGAUGGAACUUGGAAAUUGGGAUCUUUUGAAAAUUCAACAAAGGUUUUGCGUCUUUCUAAGCAAAGCUAUGAUAACGAUAUCAGUGGCUUUGCAGAGUUUGCUUUAAGUGUUCUUGAAUAUCUAAAGGAUGAUGCAUCAAAUACGAGAAGUUUUAUGAGAAAAUUGGAAGAAGAUUUUACCAAUGAAAAAAAGGAAAUGUUAGGUUCAUUGAAGUCGCUGCAGAAUGAUCAUUUUUUUAAAUUUCCAUUACUUGAUGUUUUAAAUGGUUUGCAAAAUCUAACAUUAAUGACUACAACAGAGAGGCAUCAGUUCUUCAGGUCUCUCUCACUUACCACAUCAUCAUUAUCAGCAUCUAUUAUAUCCAGACGCAUCAUUCCAAAGUUGUUUACUCAUUUUGUCAUCACGGAUCCUGUAGCAGAUGAAGAGCUAUUCUUGCAGUCACUUUUUGCUUCAGGAAAUAAUUACUGUAUGAAUCAUGGAAUACAGGCGCUAGUUGACAUGGAAUAUUUCAAAAAGUCUUCCUUGCCACUAAUAUUGUCAUUGUUUGAUUCGAGAGACACUACAAUACGUUUAAUAAUCAUAAAGUACUUGGCAUUGUAUGUUGAUUGUAUUCAAGAAGAUGUUCUUAAAGAUUAUGUGCUCCCCGAGCUACUGGUAGGACUUAAAGAUACUAAUGAUGACAUUGUGACAACGACAUUUAAUGCUUUGGGAUUGUUGAUUCCUCUCCUUGGAAGUGAGAAUGUAGUCGGAGGGGAGCGUAUUACCUGUUUUUAUGAUGGAAAACCAGAUUUCACACGAUCCCCAAGGCAAAAUGAAAAAGCCCCUAAACCUGAACAUACAGUUGCAGAGAUUUUGCACUCAAAAUCUGUAACCCCCAGAGAGAAAAACCCAGAAGCUACAGCAGAAGAAAAGAGAAGGAGGCGCGAAGAGCGAGAACGGCAGAGAGAAGAGCAAAGGUUAAAACGUGAACAAAGAAGACUUGAGAGAGAAUUGGCUAAGGCAAAAAGGAUUCAAACACAAGUAUCAGAUGAUUCAUCUCCAUCAGUAAAAUCUCUAGACAUUAAAACUACAUCUUCAACAGGCUUGGAGAAAAUGGCAGACAACAUGUCAGAACCAGACUGGGAAGGGUUUGAAGCAUUCUCUAACGAUGAGUCUGAGUUAAAUACUAUUGAACAAACAGUUUUCCCUGUUGAACCAGAAAAUGAUGAUGAAUGGGGUUGGAAUGACACCACUAACGCAAACACACCAACUACACCAUUACCAGAAGUAUUAGAUAUAAAACCUGAUGAAGACUCAGUUAACAUAGAAACCGUGAAUAAAACAAGUACUCUUAAACCCAAAUCAAAGGGUAUGAGUUUAGUUAACACAAAGAAAAUAAAGAGUAAUUCGAAGUUAAAUGGUGCCAAAGAUGAAAAGGACAGGAACAAUGAUUUAGGCAAUGAAUUUGAUAUAAAAAUUAAUCCAGAAAAGCUUGCCUUAAUUGAGCCGGAUUAUUUUGCAGAUAUGAUUCCCAGUAUUGAAAAACAAGAUUCAAGUUCUACGAUUGUUGUUGAUGCAAAGGCAAAUGAAAUUAGCUCCAAGUUUUCAGCAAUGGAUUUUAAUUCACUGGAGCCAUCUGGAUGGAGUGAUGGUGAUGAUGGUGAUGGAUGGGAGUAACAGUUAAGCUUGCUGGAUUCUUUUUAAAUUCUCUUUUUAGUAAAAUUUAUUUAUAUUGGCGACAUAGAUAAAUAUUCCCAAAAAGCGUUUUUUUUUCUAUUGUAGAUGUUUACAUCUCUUUGUUUGACCUGCAGUAAUAGAAAAUAAUGAUAUAAUUAGAAUUAUAUAUUUAAUUAUGAUUAUAUAAUUAUAAUAUAAUCCAAUGUAUGUCUGUUCCAGAACAAGUUUCAAUUAACAUUAAACAAUCCUUGCAUUUAAAUGUUCACUACUUUAAAAAAAAAACGUCGACAGCAUUUUCAUUUGAAGGGUAAAUUGUUAUUAGUCAUGCCAUAUCAGCUAUACUUUCGAUUCUCUAUUAAGGUUAUUUUUUCAAUGUUUGGUUUGUAAUUGGUCAUCUUUUUCAUUUAAUUUGCCAUAUUCCUCCGAUUUUCUAAUCCGUUUUCCAAGCGUUCUCUGUCGUGUGACGUUGUGUAAAAAUGUUUUUGUAGCUCUGUUACGAAAUAUAAUAUAAGAUUAAGUAGUUGAUAGCCCGUGAAUAAAUAAACUGGCUGACCUGUCCUUAA